UGCGAGGCCAUGUUGGAUUACACGCCACGGACAAGAGUCCUUUUACACUUCUCUCCUAAUUAAUUUUACAAUUUAGGAUAAAUUUUAGACUUAAUUUAUAUUAAGUAGGGCUACUAUUCUAAUUACGAUUUAGGGGGUUAAGGAUAAUACUUCUUCUUAGAGCAAGACGACAUCUGUUCAGUAGAUUCUUUUGAGUUGCUGCUUCGCUCCUCCACGGUCACCACGACACAUCAAUCAUCAGCCUGCCGCCGCCGCCACCACCACCACUGCUUUCUUCAGUUGAGGUUGACAGCGCCUUAUCUCGCCGACAUAUUCCAUCAAAAUUGAACAGUACUCACUAGCAGUCACCAUAGGUUCUAACGUCGUAAUUGACUGCACUGCUGGAGGAAAUCUGUCCGGCGGUGUCAAGAAUAACCAGGAUAGCAUCAUGAAGAAGGAUGGCGAAGGAGAUGAGCGUGGAAACGAUUUCUAUAAGGACCAGGAUGACUGGAAACUCUUCAUUGGAGGACUUAGCUGGGAAACAACCAUUGAUGGGCUUCAGCGCUAUUUUAGCCGUUUUGGAGAAGUGGUUGAUGCAGUCGUCAUGAAAAACCCGGAUACUGGUCGCUCACGUGGAUUUGGAUUCGUCACCUUCAGUGACCCUGCGAAUGUGGAUGCUGUUUUAAAUAGUGGGCCGCAUCAGUUGGAUGGUCGAACGAUCGACCCAAAACCUUGUAAUCCACGCACGAUGCAGAAACCCAAACGUGGAUCCAACGUGCCCAAAGUGUUUUUAGGAGGACUUCCACCUAAUGUGACUGAAACCGAUCUCCGAUCCUUUUUCGAUCGAUAUGGCAAAGUUGUAGAAGUUGUUAUUAUGUAUGAUCAAGAGCGUCGACGAACCAGAGGAUUUGGAUUUGUGUCCUUCGAGUCUGAUGACCCUGUUGAAAGACUGGUUGCUGAACACUUUGUCAAUGUUAAUGGAAAACAAGUUGAAAUUAAGCGUGCUGAACCUCGAGAUGGACGUGGUGGGGUUAUGGGUCGACAGUCUGGAUGGGGCACCAUGAUGGGAAAUCCCAUGGGUCACAUGCCUCCAGGUGGAAUGAUGCAAGGCUACCAAGGUUGGGGAACUCCACCUCAGCAAUCUGGAUACGCUCCUCAAGGAUAUCAACCUGGAGGCGGUCAGAGCUAUCAAGGAUGGGGUCAAGCUACCCAGGGACAACAAAUGCCCCAAUGGGGAAGUUAUGGAGCUACUCCCCAGCAAAGCUACGGUGGCUAUGGAACAACUCCGCAAAACAGCUAUGGAGCCAACUGGAACUACACCAUGGGACAGAAUGGUCAGAGCAGUGGGGCAACCCCACAAGCAACUGACAUGUACGGGCGGCAAGGGGCAACUCCGAGCGCUGCGCCUGGAACUGCGCCCGGGGCUGCUCCUGCUCCACAAAAAGCAGCGUCCAGCUACCCAUACUCGACUCCGCAACCUCAAUAUGGAACUUCUGCUGGUUAUUCGCAACAACCACAAGACACCGCUGCUGGUGCAUAUGGACCUUCUCGUGCUUACGCAGGGACUGGAGCUGCUUCCGGAUAUGGAAGCACUGACGCAACUGGUGCAGGAAAUUAUGGACCACAGCGUGGAGGGAGUUAUUCACAACCAAGCCAAUCAUCAAGCUAUCACCCAUACAGGCGUUAAUUUCUACCACAAAAACAAAUCCUGGCAGAAUAAUAAUAAACUUUCUUCAUGCAGUGCUUUAUGACAAAUGCUUGAUAUGUUGCUGCACAUUAAUUAAUUCGACCUUUUUUAAGACUUUAUUUUCAUCCCUCUUCCUCGUCGUCGUUUUUCUUUCCUUCUCGUUCGUUCUUGAUUGAACUAGUAUAAAUACAAAUAUAUAUAUAUAUUAAAAUAUAUGGUGAUUUUAUCAUCUGUGGUUCAGUCCACCAUCCUGACCAUUUACGAUGCAAAAUAGGCGACCCCAGUCCAGUCCUCUAAACAAAAAGUGUUCUGUUAAUUACAAAUUUUGUACUCUAGUAGCAAUUCUAUAGAAUAGCCUUAAGUAUGAAUAUUUUGUACGUAUUUUAUGAAUGACAUGUGACUACUACUAUAUACUACACUACUACUGCUGCUACAAACCUCGAACGUUAUCCAUGAGCGAAUUUUAAUAACUGAGCUAUAAAUCCAGCGUAUAUAGGUAAUACUGUACAAUCUCAAUCUCCCAAACAAGCGACACAUUUAAAAAAAGGAUAUGGUACACGCAACAUUCGUUAUUUAUACAACUAGUAAUGAGUCAUUAAAAUUUAAUAAGAGUUUAAGCUAUUUAAGCCGUAUUCGAUUAUUUCACACACACACCCUCGCGAGAUGAAAUUUUAACUUAAAUCAACUUACGACUAGUUUAUUUGUGUAACCGCGUGAAUUUAUUGACUAGAAAUUACCACGUAGUAGGUUCUUUAAAACAAAAGACUCUGUAUUUAUAAGAUUUGAACUGAACUACUAAACUAUAGUAGUAGCGAAAUGAAAUGAUAAAGUUUAUAUUUUUUAUGUUCACUUUGAUGAUGAUUGACUAGUUUCAAAUAUAAGAAGGUGCACACGAUGGUUAGUUCAGUAUUCUCUAAAAGGACGACGGGAACAGCUAUAUAUGUACUACAGUUUUCAAUCAAAUACUUGUAAGGAUAACAUACAUACCUAUAAUAUAUUGAGAUGAUGAGAGAUAAAGAAGACCGACUGUGAAAGAUGAUACUGUUGUAAAAUAAUAAGCAACGCUCAGCCAUACUACUCUACUAUAUAAAAAGUGUCACACUGACAUUCAUAAAUACAUACAAUACUGUACUUUUAGGGGACGACGACGACGCAUUUUUCUCAAAUUUAAUUUCCUCUUGUCUAGUAGUCUCCCCUCCCAGUGUGUCCACGACCUACCCUCCCUCUCACACACCGACCAUUAUUAAUAUUGCUUUCUUGAGCCGCAUUUCUAUUACCAGAUGCUAAAUUCAUUUCACUACCGUCUUCAUAAUAUCACUUGCUCUUUUAACAUGCUGACAUGUUAUUAAAUGUACAUAUGAUUACUAUUAUUAUAUAAUUAAGAUUUCAUGGUGUAUCAGUUCAUUCUAAGGUGGACGUAUGCACACUAUAUACUACUCCAUUAAAGUGUUGAACUAACAAGUAGAUAGAACUGCAAUUUGUCCUUUUCCCAUUUUUGCAGUCUGAUUUUCUAACGUCGUAAAAAUAUAUUUCUGUCAUGUUUUGUUUCGUUUCUCAUGUGUUUUCUUCAAUUUUGAUGUUUGCGAGUAGCUGUGCAUGUGGUUGUCGUUAUUGGGCAGCUUUGAUCGCCGUUAUGUACUACACAGCGGAACAAUGAUAACGAGUCGUCAAAUUUCGUCCAUCCGACACCACUUGCAGCAACCACUGCAGCAGGCAACAAAACAACCAGCGAUUGAAUGCCAACUGUAAUUAAGAAUGAUUCGAUUGUCAUUAAUAAAAUUAAGAUAGUAAGCAAGAAGGGUAGUAAAAAAUAAGGUAAAGAUUACAAUAACAAUACUUUUUAGUAGGCAUUAUGCCAUAUGAGUACAUAUUAAUUAGUUACAUACUAUAGAUGUUUAUAGGGUUGUCAUUGUAGUAGUUAUUGGAGGAUUUUUCUCUUUCUACGUCUCCAUUGUACCUCCAUAGGUUUUUAUUGAUAUCAAUAUACAUACAUGUGUACUUGGUGGGUGGUCAACUUCCAGUGACAUUAAAUCCAACAUGCAUACACGGUGAUUGGGGGGAUCACUUCUAUGGUGUGUCGUUGAGGUUUUUGUAGGAUUUUGAUCAUGGUAGCAUUGAUGUAAUGGUAAAUAUUAUUAUUAUUAUAAUAAUUAAUUAGCAUACUUAUAUAUUAAUCACCUUGUAUUGAUUGUCGAAACCGUAAAAAUAACAACGUGACUAUUCAUUGUUCGUCUGAACCAUAUGACAUCCACAUAUUACAUAAGAACUAUAAGCACUCUUUUUAAGCCACCAUAUAUUGAGAAACGUAAGCGUAAUUAAGCUGAGUAAGGAAUAUAAGAGCUAAUAUCGUCAACAACUUUUAAAAACCCGACUGUUAGAAGUAUGGAAUGACUAAUUAAACAUGUUCAUCAGUACCGAAUAAUUAUAUUAAACGUCUUAGGUUUGCCUUGUAAAAGAAUUUAUAACAACUAAUUUUAGGAUUUGAUACCCCCCGCAAACGUAGAUAUGCUAAUUAACGUUACAUUUAAUUACAUUUUACUAUUACAUGAAAUUAGGGCCUUGAAUUUGUCAAAUCCUUCCACAACAAGUCGAGUUUGUUGUCAUAGUAACGAAUAUUACGUCGUAUUAAAUGGUAGUAAUUAUAGGUAUUAUAUUCUGACUUUUUGACCACGGAGCUUGGGGUAAUUCUCAUCUGCCGUCGUUCCUAUUAUAUAACGUCGUUGUAAAAGAGUCGUCGUCGUCGAUGAGGAGAAAGUAAUAAGAGUGCAACUUCCUUUAUUAUAUCCCGUAACUGUUUUACUCAUCAUCAAAAAAUAGAGAGAAGGUGUUAAUGGUCAUCAUUCUUGUCGUCCAUCUGACACUUAUUGUCCAAUGUCGUUUUAAUUUUAUUCGUUGAUUAUAGGGUACUCGCAUAUGCAGAUGUUUGAUUAGUCAAUCCUUAAGGUAAUUAUUAUGACGUUCCAGCUAGAUACUACGUAACGUUAAAGACGACAGAGAAUUUCACAAAUAUAAGAACAGGAGGAUCGAGGAUGAUGUGCGUGUAAAUACUUUUAAUUACAAAUUGUGCAUGGCCCCACACACAUAUACACACACAGAGACACAACCAUUGUGAAUCUUACUACUGUAAAAAAUAUUAACAGCUCACUUCAUGUUACAUUUUAAAGAAAAACGUAGAAUAUUGUAUAAGAACUAACUAGCUCUUAGUUCAGUAAGGCCACACACAACUGCGACACACGUUUUCUUAGUCUUAUAAUAAUCGUGUAUAACCAACCAAACGACUGCAUGCUAACUUUUAAGUGAAAUUUGAAAAGCUGAACUUCCAGCAAACACUGUUGUUGUGAAGUGUAGUACUGUUGUUGAUGUUUUUUGAUUAUUUAACAAAAUGUAAAAAUAAAUGAUUCAUUCAUGAUCUUAA